CUUAAAAACCAAAUACCCUUCACUGUUUUACUUCUUCACCUCUUUUUCGUUUUUCUGACAAGAGAAAAGACACUCAGGCACUCACACACAGACACUCGCACGCUUUCAACAUGAAGAACAUCGCAGCAAAUCAUGGACUGUCCACCUUUGUUAUUCUGGUAUGGCUCGGAAUCAACGCUUACCUCUUUGUCGCUUUCUACAAGGCAUUUCUGAUCGAAAGAUUCUACUACAGCAGGGUCAUCCUCGGGCAUGCGCUACCAUGGGCCAGAGCUCCUGCUGCGUGUCUGAACUUCAACUGCAUGCUGAUCCUCCUGCCCGUCUGCCGCAACCUACUGUCCUUCCUCCGAGGCACCAUACAGUGUUGCAGCCGGACGGCGGCCCGUCAACUAGACAGGAACAUCACUUUCCACAAACUGGUGGGCUACAUGAUUGCCUUCCACACAGCGGUACACACCAUCGCUCACCUGUUUAACUUCGAACGCUUUGAGUCUGCUCAGCGGGAGGACAACAACAUGUCUCUGCCCCAUGUUUUGUCUCUCAUUGGCAACAAACCCAACCAGUCUUACCUCAACCCCAUCCGGUCCAGCGAGACGAGCCAGACUAUUGUGAUGUUCACCACGAUCGCAGGACUGACUGGUGUAGUAAUCACCCUCGCCCUCAUCCUCAUCAUCACGUCCUCCAUGGAAGUCAUCCGCAGGUCCUAUUUCGAGGUCUUCUGGUUCACACAUCACCUCUUUAUCGUCUUUUUCAUUGGACUGGUGCUGCACGGGGCCGGUCGUAUUGUACGAGGCCAGACACCUGCCAGUCUACAACAUCAUAAGCCGUUAAACUGCAGCAGUCACUUUGAAAGAUGGGACAUCGACCCUAAAUGUCCAACACCGGAUUUUGCUGGAAAUCCACCAGGGACAUGGAAGUGGGUCGUCGGGCCGAUGUUCCUGUACGUGUGCGAGAUGCUCGUGCGAUUCUACCGCUCGAAGCAGAAAGUGGUCAUCACCAAGGUAGUGAUGCAUCCAUCCAAGACCCUGGAGCUGCAGUUGAAAAAGAAAGGCUUCAAGAUGGAGGUGGGUCAGUACGUCUUUCUGAAGUGUCCAUCCAUCUCGCACCUGGAGUGGCAUCCUUUUACUCUGACCUCCGCCCCCGAGGAAGACCACUUCAGUGUCCACAUCCGUAUCGUCGGAGACUGGACGGACGCCCUGUACAAGGCAUGCGGCGGGGACAAGACCGACGGUCAGGAGGCCUGGGAACUUCCCAGGAUCGCAGUGGACGGACCUUUCGGCACAGCCAGCGAGGACGUGUUCCGCUACGAGGUGGUCAUGCUGGUGGGCGCAGGCAUCGGUGUGACUCCCUUCGCAUCCAUUCUUAAGUCGGUGUGGUACAAAACCGUACAGCAGAACACCAACGUGUUCACCAAAAAGAUCUACUUCUAUUGGCUGUGCCCAGAGACGCAGGCGUUCGAAUGGUUUGCAGACUUGCUCCAGUGCCUGGAGCGCCAGAUGAGCGACAAAAGCAUGGGCGACUUCCUCAAUUACAACAUUUACCUCACUCGCUGGAAGGAGACUGAGGCUGCUCACUUCCAAGUUCACCAUGAAGAAGAAAGAGACCCCAUCACCGGCUUGAAGCAGAAAACCUUGUACGGAAAACCCAACUGGGAGAAUGAGUUCAGCGCCAUCGCCACCAGUCACCCGGGGUGUAAAGUCGGGGUGUUUCUCUGCGGACCCCCUCCUCUUGCGAAAGCUUUAGGGAAACACUGCGAAUCGCAGACAGGAGCUGAAUUCAUUUUCAACAAGGAAAACUUCUAACCGUUGGAGAUGCACAGAAAUGAAAACAAACUUCAGCUUGACUUAGCUUGUGUGUAUCGUAUGUGGUAUUAUCACAAAAAAAUCCUUGAUUCCGGCACUGGAGCAUUCAAAAUUCUGUCGUCUUUUUACUCCUUCGAAGAUUUUCGGCAGAAUAUCUAGGGUCUACAUAUUCUGAGGUCUCGUCUGUACCUGAGCUCGAAAUGCUAACGAGUGGCUACAAAGUCUUCCCAGCCCUAAUUGAGGAAAACAAUAAAACACCUCAGAGAAGUGUUUCGUUCCUCUUUUUCCCCCCUCAUCAAUUAUAAAAUUACACAAAAUACACUUUUAUUGUUACAUUUACUGUUAGAUCGAACGCUGUUCAUUUUUGGGUUGAUGAGAAAAUGUAGCCCUUCACCCGGAACACUUUCCGGAAAAUGUCGGAAAAAACCUCCUUAGAAAACCUUUCUUUCUGGAAAAGAUCAAUUCUACCAGCAUCCAUUAAUGAUUGAAUAUAUUUAGGUCCGAAUUAUGUAUACAGUAAUCCUCCGCUUCACCGCGGUUCGAAUCUGGCGCCCCCUGGCUUAUCCAGAAUUGUAUUUGCCACACAACUAAUUUGUUAUGCGGAAAGACCAAAAAACUUAUAGGGAAUUGUUUUAUAGUGUUAUGCUAAAAUAAUGGAAUUUAAUUAUAAAAAUAUAACUAUUCAUUAUAAAAUGAAGUAAAAUGUUAAUACUGUACAGUACAUGUACUUAAAUAUAAAUGUGAUCCAGUGCACUGUAUUUCUACGAAUUUACACAAAAUUCAUGUAUAUUCUUGUAUUCUUGCAAAUGUUUUCUGUGUGUGUUUAAAGUGUGUGAGAGGAUUAUUUAGUGUGGAAGGAAUUGGUACUUUGAAAAUAAUCCCGUGUUCUUAUAUUAGAGCUGAAGAAAAUAUGGAAUCAGUUUUUCUGUGGUAAUCACACUAUAUGGACAAAGGUUUGUGGACACGAUCCAUAAGAUUUGUAUGUGCUUUCUGAAUAUCCUAUUCCACAUUUAUCCAUUUAUAACUGUUAGAGUUGCCUCCACUCUUCUGGGAGAUGUUCUGCUAGAUUUUGGAGCGAGGUUUGGCGUGCAGUCAUUGAACAGAACCACAUACGACUGGGAAAAAAGAUUUUCCAAUGCUUUUGUCCAUAUAAUGUAAUACAAACGCAUGUUUCUAUAAAGAUGUGAUUAAAGGAUGAGGCAAGAAAACUGCCAGUAGGAUGCUACGUUUGCUAUAUAAUUGCUAAGCUUUUGCUAGCAUGCUACAGUAUAUAAACGUUGAUGUAGAUGGCUCGUUGUUCUACGAUGACGCAUAUCAAAAUUUGGAAUACCUUUUUUUUUUCAUUUUCGUUCUGCUUUAGUACUCAGCAGGCUUUUCUUCUUUUUUUUUUCAAUGCCUUACAAUAUGCAUGACAAGCACUAUAUUAGCAAUAUGUAUGUCAAUGUAUAAGUAUAAAACCCACAAGACAUUCUGUCCAAAACCUUCAAUAUAUGAUUAUUUUCGCCCUGGAAAAAAGCAUAUUGUGAAACGAUUGUGUCACAACUUUAGUUUUCACUUUCAAACCUGGAUUUCCUCUUUCGGGUUUUGAAGACGUGCGACUCAGGAAAGUAUUCUGUCCUUCGCUUUCCUUUCGAACAAUAAGACAAUCGUAAUAAAAUCGUGAUUGACACAAA